AUGAUGCAAGUUCCAACCCUUUACAUAGAUGGCCACUAUUUAAUCCAGUCUCUGCCUAUAAUUGAAUAUCUAGAAGAAAGAUUCCCUGAACCAGCGCUGCUGCCAAAGGAUUCCUAUGGAAGAGCUCAGGUGAGAGCACUGGCAGAGUUGAUUAACAGUGGAAUACAGCCCUUUCAGAACAAUAAAACUUUAAACAUGAUCGGAGAGAAGUCUGAUGAGUGGGCUAAACACCACAUUGAAUAUGGAUUUAAAGCGCUGGAAUCUAUGCUGGAACAAUCUGCUGGAAUUUACUCGUAUGGGGACAUUGUGACAAUAGCUGACAUAUUUUUAGUGCCCCAGAUGUUUGGUGCCCACAGAUUCAAAGUAGACAUGACCCAAUUUCCAACAAUCACUCGCAUACACGCUGCCCUUGUUGAAUUGCCAGCAUUCCAAGAAGCAGAUGCAUUUCAACAGCCAGAUACACCAGAAGAGCUGAGAGUAAAAUGUUCUCAGCACUCUUCUUUAUGA